AUGACAACCAAAGCCAUGAAGAUACUCUUCCUGCUUCUUCUUCUUCUCCCCUCAGUGUCCCAGGCUGCUACAGUGUCAGACACCGUGACCUGUCGGAAGACCAAGGGCAAGUGUUCAUUUUUUCUGUGUCCCUUUUUUAAGAGAGCCACCGGUACCUGCUACAAUGGUCUGGCAAAGUGCUGCAGGUCCUUAUGGUGA